GCAGAGCAGAGCAGAGCUGGCAUCCUUCGCCAACGCCAGACUGUGGAGCCGCGCGUCAGAGAACUCUCAUUUUUUCGUGGUGUCGCUGUCGCCGCGUCGCGCUGGAAAAGGAAAAGGUGCAGACGAUUCACCUCUUCUUAUACACGAAUUUUUGCAUAUAUUUUUCUCGACACUAUCUGACUAAUCGGAACUAGGAAGAAGAAAGUGGUCACCAGAAAAAAAGAGAUCGAAAAAAGUGUUCAUCUAUGGUUGAUCUGGAAGAAAAGUAAAUGGAACUGUGAAUGUUCCAGGAUCUUAAGUGUGUAAUGCUAACCGGAAGUGGGUAGAUGAUUUACGAAACUCCACGAGUGUAUAGUUGAAAGAAUCUGAAACCGUGCUGGAAUGGUUGGGAUUGCGAAAUUGUUCCCGAAGGUGCCAUAUUUUUGCCUUGUUCAAAGUUGCUAUCAGGUCGGUCACUUUACGGGGCUAGGGCAAGAAGAUUACGUGUUACUUUUGAUCGCAGCCUGAACCGGAUGCAUCCGGUUCGGCUGUGGAAAACCAGUCUGCAAGUGUCCGAUCAAGUGGAGUAUUUCGAAAAAGUGCAAGGAUUUUUCAUCACCGGAGCAGAGAGAAUGGAAAAUCGAUUCUGAAGAAUACUCCUCCUUUUCACCACCCGCCGGUAAAAUGGUGCGAUGGUACGGAGCUUCGAUAACUGAAUCUAAUGUGAAUCUUCUCACGAGUGAAUUCUUGUUAGAUUUUUUUUACUUAUAUGAAAACCAGAAAAGUGCAACAGCAAAGUUGAUCAAACAUGUCCUCAUUGAGUACUAGUAGGAAAUAUCGCUGUCUAUAAAAAAAUUGAAUCAAAUGGUAAAACGGUGUCGAAAAAUGCCUAACGAGCAGAAUGGAACUAUAACAACGAACAACCCAAUCUGCAACUGAUAGCCUAGACUAUGAUGUCCUGAAAGAAAACGUAAAUCCUCUAAUAAUAGCAGAAACGAUUUAUGAAUGCAUGAAGUUCAGUUUAUAAACAGUGGCCUUCACUCCCACGUCGAUUAGGUACUAUGAAGUGAAAGUUUAAAAUUUCUUAAAGAAAGUCUGCAAUGACUUAAAAUUUAAGUAUAUGGUCAUGAAUUAAGUGGGACUGAAUUUUUUUUACUGCAACAUUUGUUUUUGGAAGCACCGUGCUGUUGUUCCUUGUACUGGACUUGACAGAAGUGCAAAGCGAGUGAACAGAUUUUGUGCUAUAGGCACAUUGAAGAUUUAAUUGCUCGUCUGGCAACCUGAUCUGCAACUGUUCGCGCACUUAUGCUAGUGACCGCAACGUGGCGCUGCGUUCGAUGUAGUGUCAAAACUCGAGGAAGAAAAAAGAACGCUGUUUUGUGUAUGAUGCAAGAAAAAUAGUGUUUAUCUCAUAGAAUCUAUUAUUUAUUGGCCUGAUGAACUGCAAAAUACCUUGCGAACAUAAACUAGCCGCAGCGUGAAGUGUAAUCAAUUUUGUUUCGACUGUUAUUAGUGUGUUUUUGUGCAAUUUGCAUCACUCCCGCCGACAAACAGCAAGUUCGAAAGUGUAGCGGAAUGACAGCGGUGACAGGUCGGCCACCGUUGACAAGCCCGUUCAGGCAGCGCAAGUGCGUUCGAACAAAAAUGGGCAGUGUCACUUCGACAGAAAAUGGCGUCUGCCAACUUUUUGGAGGAAGCUCUUAAAUCAGAUGUCGAUGAAUCCGCGGUGAGUGCGAUCGUCGGAACGCUGGAAAAUCAGUUGGAUCAAUCGAGUACGACCCAGGUGCAACAAGUCGGGAAAAAUUUCGAGUGCGGAAACAGUGGUAAUAGUUUUACUAGUGCAAUUGUGUCAAAUGGAGGAACGACCCCCAUUUAUAGUACAGUGCAACAGCAGCAGCAGAAGCACAGUAAUCACGGAGGUGUUACCAAUGGUGAAAUCGUUUCGAAUGUUAUGAACAGCAACGGCAGUAAUAACAACAACAAUAAUAACAGUAAAACAUUUAUUAUUGCCACUAGUGGCGGUCAGAACGUGAUCACUAGUUCAGCCUCCGGACCUACAACCGUGGUGGUCGGUAAGAAUAUUACCGUUUCGGCAACCGGGAUUCCGCCACCGUCUACGCCUCCGGCGUUGAUGUCGACGGUACCGACCAGCACUACCGGGAUUAACAUAAUUAGCAAUCAAAUUGUAGUUUCCGCUGGUGGCCAACACCCACCGCCGUUUAACGUUACGAACAACAAUAACAAUCCGCAUCAUCAGUCGAACAUGCCAAAGAAUGAACCAGUGAAGUUGGUGUAUCCUGCUCCUGGUGGUGGUGCCGGAACUCAGGCGGUGAUCAACAUGAACAACAACCGUGUUACCCUCACCUCGACGGCACUGCCGAAUGGGACCAUCUCCCUAUCGCAGGCCCCGCAGCUGAUCCAGACCGGUUCGGUAGCGGGAAAAACGACAAUUCAGGCGACGGGCCCACAGGGAAACCAGGGUCAGUCCCAACCACAGACGCUUAUCAUCAAGAACCAGCAAACCGGAGCGGUGAUGAACUCCGGGGCGCCCGGAAUAGUCACGAUGUCGAAACCGAUCAACAAUCAGGCAACACAGAAUAUUGUCGGUUUACCGGCUGGUGUACAGAUUGUAAAUGUUAGACCCGGCGCACCGCCCACGCAAGCACAGCAAAAAACUGUUGCCGCUGUAUCACCUAGAGUUGUUAUUGGUAGUCAGCAAAUAGUUAGUACUAGACCACCAAACGCAAACGCUAUUACACUAAGUGCCCUUCAAGGACAGCCGGGCUCGACACUGCUGCUGAAGAAUGAGCAGGGCCAGUUCCAGUUGCUGCGGAUUGGACCGGCACCGUCCGGGGCCCAGAUCACGCCCGCCAACAUAACGGCAACAUCGGCGACUAAUCAGACGAUACGGUUGCAAACCGUACCAGCUGUAAGUAGGUUUACCGGUCCUCCAUUAGCCCUUCGCAAGACCAUUGUCACCACGCAACAGGUGAAACAGAAGCAAAAUCAACCCAUUUCGUCCGGUUCCGGUACGAUCAUCGUCAAUUCUCAAUCAAUCACCACCACACCGACGAGCUAUGUUACGACACAAUCGACUCCGGUGGCCUCCGUGGCACCUGUGCCGGCGUUAGCCGCGCAGCAGCACAUAACCAUCUCAACAGCACCAUCACAAGCACAGUCACAUGUCACGGGGCAGCCCACGGUGGUAAGCACCCAGCAGGCACAGGUAGUCGUAACAUCCCAGCAGCAGCAGCAGCAACAACAACAACCUCAGCAGACCGUCGUCGUGACGACCACAACCGGUGGCCAAACUGCCCAGCAGCGCAACUCGCUGGAUAAUACCAAAGAAAAGUGCAGAAAAUUUCUAACGAAUCUGAUCGAACUCUCGAAGCGGGAGCCGAAACCGGUAGAAAAGAACGUGCGGACACUGAUUCAGGAACUGGUCGAUGCCAAUGUUGAACCGGAGGAGUUUUGCGAGCGGUUAGAACGGCUGCUCAACGCAAGUCCGCAGCCCUGCUUGAUCGGAUUUCUGAAAAAAAGUUUACCUUUGCUGCGACAAUCACUCGUCACCAAGGAAAUUACGAUAGAGGGCAUCAAUCCACCGUCAGCAAAUGUGGCCUUUUCCGGGUCACCUCUCACGCAAAUCCCUGCCCAAAUUCGUCCCGUAACGCAGCCCAUCAUCACGCAGAACAGUAUGGUCGGUCAGACGCAGAUUAGAAUGCUGACCACGCAGUCCGGGGCAACAACGAUACCCCGGAUAGGACAGACGACAAUACGGCCGGCGACGACGGUUCGGAUACCAACACCGAUAUCACAGCAAGCUCAACAACACACUACCCUUACUGCUAGUGGGCCUCGGCAUAUAACAGCCCAGCAGAUACGGCCAAACGCCACCGUCGGACAUACCACCAUUGUGCAAACAAACCAGCAGCUGCCUCAGACGAUCUCAACGACACCCCCAGCGCUGUUACCGAUUCGCGCCCCGGCCGGUACGGCAAUAACGCGUACACCAGCGACGCUACAAAUUCGUGCAACAACACCGGUAGUAUCGCGCGCUGCUGCUGCUGCUGCUAGCAACAGUAUCAUUAGCGGUAACACUACGGUUACCGCUAAGACGAUCCGUAGCCAAACGCCAGCCGUAGCCUCAGUGGCAGCUGCUGCAGCAGCGGCAGCCGCUGCGGCAUCCGGUUCGGCUGCAACCCAGGUUAAGCAAGUGACAGCAAUUAGUAACAGCAAUGUGGUCGUCGCAGCAACGUCUGUUGUGGCCACUUCGACAACAGCAUCCGGUGCACCCGGGCUAGUUGUGACUGGAACACAGCCGUUGCCAGCAUUGGCACUUAGCUCCUCCGCAGCCGCUGCCGUGGCCACUCUAAACAAUGCUAGUAAUAGUAAUAAUUCUACAAGUAUAAUCAGUACAAGCUUCCCUCCGGCAACGACGGUGGUGGUCAGUUCAGUGCCCAGUAGUAGUACCAACAGUAGUAACAAUAGCUCCGGAACCACUGCUAGCACACCGACCACUAUUGUAACCGGUGGAAAGGCUAGUGCAGGUACGAAAUCUAGUUCUGGGGGCGCCAAAAAGAAAGCUAGUGCUAGUUCUGCUGCUAGUGCCAUCGAUUCUGCUGACCCAACCGCCGCGGUGAAAAAGGCAGCCGCUUCAAUGCAAUCCUCUUUUUAUCAGCAUCACGUAUCCUCCUCCAUGUAUGGGGACGAUGACAUCAAUGACGUCGCGGCAAUGGGUGGUGUCAAUUUGGCCGAGGAAACGCAACGGAUUCUUGGCUCGACGGAAUUCGUGGGGACCCAGAUUCGAUCGUGCAAGGACGAGGUGUUUCUGCAUAUGCCCGCACUACAGGCCAAAAUUAGAAGUAUUAUUGCGAGACACGGACUGGAGGAACCGAGCAGUGAGGUAGCAGUUCUGAUAUCACACGCCUGUCAGGAACGACUGAAAAACAUUGUGGAAAAGUUAGCUGUCAUUGCGGAACAUCGAAUCGAUAUCAUUAAGGUCGAUCCUCGCUACGAAGUGACGAAGGAUGUCCGAGGUCAAAUCAAAUUUCUCGAAGAACUUGACAAGGCAGAGCAGAAACGACACGAGGAACAGGAAAGAGAAAUGCUUAUGCGGGCAGCCAAGUCUCGAUCGAAAACCGAGGAUCCUGAACAGGCUAAGCUGAAAGCCAAGGCGAAAGAAAUGCAACGAGCGGAAAUGGAAGAACUUCGGCAGCGAGAUGCUAAUCUGACUGCCCUGCAAGCCAUCGGACCACGGAAAAAGCCCAAACUCGAGGAAGGAGUGACAGCGACCGUUACACCUGGUGCCUCCGGAAUCGGUGCUGCUAGCGGGAAGGCUUCCACACCACUCAGGCCUCGUAUCAAGCGGGUGAAUCUGCGCGAUAUGCUGUUUUAUCUGGAGCAGGAGAAGGAAAGCUGCAGAAGUCAAAUGCUGUACAAGGCCUACCUCAAGUGAUCGAUUGUGGGACGAACGGUGAUGAUAAUUAGUGUGGCCAUUCUACGCUGAAGCAUCCAAUGCUCUCGGUCGUCGGCAAUGGCCCGCGGGAGAUGCUGCCGACAGUGAUCCUGGAGGACCAAGGGUGUUUGGUUCCUUUCUUCAAUUGGGUUGUUUUAAAUCCAAGGAAAAGCUCCGGUUUCGCGGCGGAACGAAACUGACCGAUUCAUGCGUUUCAUCUUAAGUCAGGUCUAGUUCAGAGAGGAAGAGAUAUAGGUACGAGUGGGAUGGAUGACAGGAAUAGGGUAUCCGGACAGUUAUGUUUGUGCGCGUGUGUCUUUAGGGAAUUUUGUAAAUAGUUUUUUUUCGGUCAAGAAGAUAUCACGGAGCGAAAAAGCGCUGAGGGCAGUUCACGGUUCACGAGGGAACUGUUUUUGGAUGUUUUAUUUAAUUUACAAUACAAUAAAAUACAAACCCUGUACAGAAUGGACAUAGGAUGAACCAAACGGGAGGUUUAAAGUCGAAGGAUUAGGAGAUAAUUAGGU